AAACAACUCGGAAGAUUAACCUUUUUUUAUUCUAACGAGUUUUUCCCGCUGUGAUCGAAAGCUUCUUCUAAAAUCUUGAUACGUGUUUCUUUUUUCUUUUGUCACAUGGCUUUGAAGAAUUCAAUAACAACAAAAAAUGGCGACAAUCACGUUGCUCUGUGUGGUCUUGCUGCGUCAUUAAAAAUAUUCAUGUAAACACGGGAAAUUAAACCAGUGGCUUACAGUUGCACAUGUUGCCUUCGUUGCCCACGUCUGACACGAAGCGUUUUGGCCAGAAUCCUGUGCUGCGGAGCUAAUGGAGUUGUUUACAUGAAGUGCAGGAAGGCGGACCGAAGACGAAGGGAGGAGGGGCCGCGACGUGGGCCAGCGCCGCGCACCGACUGCUCCAGAUGCGUCUCGCGCCAGGAAGGGGUGGAGCCCGAGACAAGAAUCAUAACAAGUCUGACGUCACUCGGCCUUGUGAAUCUGAAUGACAGCUUCAUUCAUGAUGGAGUUGAGCAGGCAACUCUGUAUGAAGAUGAGGAAAAAUAAGAAGACCCAAUUUUCCUCCCUUCCUGCUUCCACUUUGGGCCUGGAAAUCCACUUUUACAUCCCAGAAAUACGCCACCUGGAGUACAUCAAAGGAACUUACACAGCUGAGGAGCUGUGUGUCACUGCUGCCAAGAAGUGCACUAUUUCUCCAUUGUGCCAUAAUUUGUUUGCCCUUUACAAUGAUGCAACUGGCACCUGGUACUCUCCAAGCCACGAGUUCAACAUCAAAGAGGACAGCGGUAUCAAGUUGCACUAUCGCAUGAGAUUCUAUUUUAAGAACUGGCAUGGCACCACAGAAGGAGAGUCUCCAGUUUGGAGACACUGCCUCAAUAAACUCAGAGGACAGAGCCCACAGAAAACACCAGAGGGAACACCGCUGCUUGAUGUCGGUUCCCUUGAAUACCUUUAUUUCCAGUGCCAGCAUGAUUUUCAGACAGGCAAGGCUCCCCUGAGGGCAGCCCAGUCAGAAGCCGAGCAACAUGAGAUAGAAAACGAAUGUCUGGGCAUGGCUGUCCUUGCUAUUACUCACUAUGCUAAGAACUUCGAUAUACCUUUUUCAGCAGCUUCCCGUGAGAUGAGUUACAAGCGUUUCAUCCCGGAGUCACUGAACUCCAACAUUAAGCAGCGGAACAUCCUGACCCGGAUCCGCAUCAGCAAUGUGUUCAAGAAAUUCCUUGCUGAAUUCAACACCCAAACAGUUGGGGAGAGCAACAUCACCUGCUAUGAUCUGAAGAUCAAAUACCUGGCCACAAUGGAGGGGUUGACAAGCAGAAUGGGCAGCGAGCUCUUUGAACCCGUCUCCCUGGCUAUUACACAAGAAAAGGAGCUCUCCACUGGAGGGUACUGUAACCAGAGCCAGCUGCAGACGAAAUGUCAGAAUCAGAACUUGGAGCCAAGCAGUGACAUGCAAGUUCUUGUCACUGGCACCACUGGCAUUUCCUGGAGGCAAAAACCAGCAGCUGUGCCAGUGAUGCCCAAAGACAAAAGCAAGUCGAAGAAGAGUAAGCAGGAUGGAAAACAGAAGAACAGGAAUAAGGAGACGGAUGAUGGCUGGGCACUGUUCUGUGAUUUCCAUAUGAUCACACACACAGUCAUCAAAGAGACAACAGUCACAAUAAUGAGACAAGACAACAAGAAGAUGGAACUCCAACUACUGUCAAGGGCUGACGCCCUCUCCUUUGUGGCCCUUGUUGAUGGGUAUUUUAGGUUAAUUGUGGAUGCCCACCAUUACCUGUGCAAGGAGGUGGCACCUGCCUUGGUGGUGCAGAACACAGAGACUGGUUGCCAUGGACCCAUCUGUACUGAAUAUGCUGUCCAAAAGCUGCGACAAGAGGGUAAUGAGGAAGGAACCUACAUACUGCGCUGGAGCUGUACUGAGUACAACUUCAUCAUCAUCACUGUUGUCUGUCAUGAGAGUGACCACUUCAAUAUCCAGUAUAAGAACUUCCAGAUUGAGGUGGACUCUGAUGGCUACCGCCUGUAUGGAACAGAUACAUCGCGGCCCACCUUGAAGGAGUUGCUGGACCACCUGGAGCGCCAGUGUCUCCACACCGACAACUUGCAGUUCCAGCUCAGGCGCUGCUGCCCUCCACAGCCAAGGGAAAUUUCUAACCUUCUUGUGGUUACCAAGGAGAGAGCUUCCAUCUGUCAGCCAACAAAGCAUGAGAGGGAGCUCUGCAUUUUCCAUCGCAUUCCCAAGGAGGACAUUGAGCAGGAGGAGCACCUUGGCGUUGGUACAAAAACCAACAUAUACCUGGGCACUCUGAGGGUCAAGAAUGAGGAAGAUGAAGAUGCAGGUUACACAUCUUUCCAGGAGGUUAAGGUCGUCCUGAAGGUGCUUGGUUCUGGACACAGGGACAUUUCUCUGGCCUUCUUCGAAACAGCCAACAUGAUGCGCCAAGUGUCUCACAAACACAUCGUGCUGCUCUAUGGCGUGUGUGUUCGUCAUCAGGAGAAUAUUAUGGUGGAAGAAUAUGCCCAGCUAGGACCGUUAGAUGUGUUUAUCAGGAGACAACAGAGUCCUCUGAGCACCAGGUGGAAAUUCCAGGUGGCCAAACAGCUGGCCUCCGCUCUUAGCUACCUGGAAGACAAAAAGCUGGUCCACGGCUUUGUUUGUGCCAAGAACAUUCUGCUUGCCAGAGACGGACUGGAUGAAGAGGAGGGAGAGCCCUUCAUCAAGCUCAGCGACCCAGGAAUACCAAUAACGGUGCUCUCCAGAGAGGAAUGUGUGCAUCGCAUCCCAUGGAUUGCUCCUGAAUGUGUGAAGAACCCAUCAGAAUUGAGUGUGGCGGCUGAUAAGUGGGGGUUCGGUACCACCCUGUGGGAGAUCUGUUACGAUGGAGAGGUUCCUCUCAAAGAGAAGAAGCUGACGGAGAAGGAGAGGUUUUAUGAAGCUGAAUUCCAGUUGGCCAUCCCAGACUACAAGGAGCUUGCUGAACUCAUGACCCGCUGUAUGAACUAUGACCCCAAGAAGAGACCCUUCUUCAGGGCUAUUGUCAGAGACUUGGAUGUACUUGAAGAAAAAAGUCCAUUCAUCAAACCAUGUCCAAUACAGCCGGUGGACCCGACUGUAUUUGAAACCAGAUUCCUGAGGAAGAUCAGAGAACUUGGAGAGGGUCACUUUGGUAAGGUGGAGUUGUGUCGCUACGACCCUCGGGGAGACCGAACGGGUGAAAUGGUGGCGGUGAAAUCCCUGAAGCCCGAGAACGGCGAGGAGCAGAGCAACAACCUCCUGAAAGAGAUUGAGAUCCUAAAGGCACUUUACCAUGAAAACAUCGUCAAAUACAAAGGCAUCAGCCAGGAAGAAGGUGGAAAAACCAUCAAGCUGAUAAUGGAGUAUCUUCCGCUGGGCAGUUUGAAGGAGUAUCUUCCCAGAUACAAGAGCAAGACCAGCCUUGGCACUCUGCUGAGCUACUGUAUCCAGAUAUGUCGGGGCAUGGAUUAUUUGGGAUCUCGGAACUACAUCCACCGCGACCUGGCAGCCCGGAACGUGCUGGUGGAACAAGAAGGCAUGGUGAAGAUCGGAGAUUUUGGCCUCACAAAAAGCCUCAAGGAAAACAACGGUUAUUACACGGUCAAGGACGAAAACGACAGCCCCGUCUUCUGGUAUGCUCCUGAGUGUCUGACUCAGUGCAAGUUUUACCUGGCUUCUGAUGUGUGGUCCUUCGGAGUGACCAUGUAUGAAAUCAUCACCUACUGUGAUUCCUCCAAAAGCCCAAUGACGUGCUUCCUAGAUAUGAUCGGGAGAGCUCAAGGCCAGAUGACCAUUGUCCGCUUGGUGAAUGUUCUGCAGGAUGGAAGAAGAUUGGCUUGUCCUGAAGCUUGCCCUAGCCGUGUGUAUGAGUUGAUGCGGAAGUGCUGGGAGCACACUCCGGAGCGGAGAAUCACCUUCAAGCGUCUGAUUGAGGAGCUGUCCAUCCUGCAGCAGCACCACCAGCAGAACAGCCUGUAAACCUCCACAAGGUUCUGUUGUGUAAGCAACAUGGGACCAGGAGCAAGCUGCCAAAUCGGACCAUUAGCUGCACUUUCAGCUUCACAUCGCAGAGGGAAUCCUCUGUCAUAAUCGCCCAUAAACCUUCAGCGCUAUUGGGGGAUAAAAAAAAAUAUAUAUAUAUAGCCUAACCAUACUUUUAGAUACUUCGCAUUUGGAACGUAUAAUCCUGAUAUUUUCUGUUGUGAUGAACAUUUAUAUUCUACAUAAAGUAGUUGAUGUUUCUGGACCUGCUAGGAUACUGCAGUGCUCUGAAGACGUGGCAUCAUGAAAGGAGGAACAGUUUGUACCGCUGCUGGGUCAUGGACUCAUUUUUUGAGAGAAAAAUAGCAUGAUCCGAGUUGAGCAUCAUGGAUUUUUAUCGGUUUACAUAGAUUUGAUGUGCAAAUGCAGCUUCUAAGAGGUGGAAUUAAAUUAGAGCCAGUAAUCAAAUAACUGUAUGACUUUUAGUCCAACCCAGAAAGAUCCGUAGCACAAUUUUAAUUGGGGUAAAUUAGUCUGAAGCCUUAGAAAAUGUCCAAUUUGAUUGGAAAAAACCAUCAUCCUGCUUUGCAUCAACUUUUUAACCUGCAUUUGCACAUGAACUGUGUUUUUGUUUGUACCUUUUUUUAUUGUGCAAUUGCUCAGUGAGCCCAAUAUGCUGUAAUGUUAAACAUGGUUAAGGAAAAGUGUUUCUAAGACGGGCACUGGGGGGCAGCAGCGCUUCACUUUCCAUCUGUUUUGCAGCCUUACGGAACAAGUAGAGGCAUGUCAGAACCCAUAUUCUGUAAAUGUUCUGCAGCACAAGAGCAACAGCUGCAGAGCUCACUGGGAGACGACAUUAGAUGGGCAGGAGUUGCUCCAACCAAGUGACUUUAUUUCAAAAUAGUCCCACAUUUUAUGGUUGAACAUGUUUAUGGAUGUAACAUUUUUUUUUAAAUGUAGUUCCACAAUACUCCACAAGUAUAAAAGGUGUAUUUAUCCACAUUAGUGGAACUGCUUGGAGCUGAAGGGACAUUUUCUGCUCUAAAUGCCACCCAUGGGUCCGCCUGUCAGGCAGAGACGACAUGGUCAAGUUCACACGAUGCGCUUUAAUCCACAUUUUAUUUAGGAAUGUAAAAGGCAAAUCCUUCUGCUCUAAGAAAAAACAUAUGUAUAAUUUUUCAAGAAAAAAAAGACAUAAACUUAAUGAAAAAAUAAAUAAAA